CAUUUUUUAUUAUAAAGGUUUUUAUUACGAUAAGUUUGCUCAAACUAUCCAUAAACGGAGUGAUUUAAAAUCGAGUAUCUUAUUCCAUUUCGGACAAUAAAAAUAUCUUAUAUGGGAAAUGUGGUUUAUAUAAUGAUUUUUAUUGUUAUGUAGGCUUUUAUUAAGUGUUUUGUACUUUGGAUGUAUCUUCAUAAAGAAAUAAUUUCUCAUUGAUAGGUAUGGUUUUUUCCAACUUUACAUUUAAAAUUUAUACAUAUAUCGUUGCAUAAUCGAUACAUAACACCCUUAUCAAUUUGACAGCUAUAUUUCUUAUCACAUGUUUGUAAACAACUUUGGCUAAAGCAAAGAAGGCCACAAAUCACUUUCCUAAUUGAAAUGUUUUCUGGUCAUGCCCAUCUAAAAAGACGAACACCAGAAGGAGGAAUACCAAGGCCGGAUUAUAUUGAAUAUCUGGUAGAAGAGUAUCAUACCAGCACCAACGUCGAGGCAAAGGAGCAAGUAACAGCGAACUUAGCUAACUUUGCUUAUGAUCCAAUUAAUUGGGAAUAUCUAAAAGAAGCUGGGGCAUUGGAAGUUUUUGAGGAAUGCACUAAGAGUCCAAACGAGCGAUUGCAACUGCAUGCGCUUGCUGGAUAUUAUCCUGCAGCAUUCAAUUUUUUAACUAAGCCUGAAGUAAACUCUCAAGUCAAACUAUUACUACAGACAUCAGAAGCGACCGACAUUCAUCUUAAUUCCAUUGCUCUUUUCUAUCAGCUAAUAACUGCGGACAAUUGCUCGCAAGAGGAAAAAAGUCGAGUCAUCACCCCGCAUUUGCUAAAGACAAUUACCAACUUGCGUAACCUAAGUCCGGAUCCACGUGUUAAGAACUUGGCUGCAUUAUUUUGCGAAGAUUUUGGAUCACGCAUAGAGGAAGUGGUAGAUUCUAAAAAUGUGCUUGAAAGUUCUAAAAAGGUGUAAAAGUUACAUAGCGACACAGGGGAGAGAUAUUAUAUUAGUCAAACGCUUCAGCCAGCACGAGUUAGACCAGUUUUCAUCUCUAACCGGCGAUAAUAAUCCUAUACAUAGUGUAGCGACACCAAUAUCUGAGCGUAAAGUGCAUGGUGCUUUCCUAAAUGCAAUUGUGGCUGGUAUUAUUGGUACGCAGUUGCCCGGAGCUGGAACAGUAGUGCUAAGUCAAAACUUUAGUUUCCCGCAUGCUUGUCGCGUUGAUGGCGAUGUCCACAUUUCAGUGCGUCUAGUGAAAGAGCGCAAAAUAUCACUAGUAGAAUACGAAUGCCGCCAAGGCGAAAAUGUAGUUUUUGUAGGCGAUGCUAAACUUUUAAUAAAACAAUAAAUUUUUAACAUA